AUGUAUGUGGCGCGAAUUAGUCGCAAUUAAGUUAACAAACGUUUUAUAAAUGUUCUUUUCAACAAUUCUCACACAAAUAAAUAAAUACGAACAUGGCUACAUCUUCAGACGUUGCUACGAUCAGACUACAAAGAUAUUUGACUUUGCCACUGGUGCAACGAUGCAAGGAAAUAGCAACAUUGAUAGAUGAGUCUAGCACAACAGAACUGCAACAUGUGUUUUCAAUAUUAAUAGAUUCAUUAUUUGGAAUAACCGAUAAUGUUGGUUGGGGUUUACACAGCAUCACAUUUAAGAACAAUUUACAGGAGUAUGAAACACUCUGCAACUUUCUUAAUCCAUUAGGACCAGUCUUUUCUUUGUGUUAUAAAUUAUUGCCAGAUUGUUACUUAAAGUAUAACUUUCCAGUCUCAUAUCUACCUGUAAAAAUACGUUCAAUGCUGGAAGAAGGUGUAAUACCACCAUUUUAUCUUGACAAAAUUAGAGAGGACCAGGGUACACGUGUUGUAACUGCUCUAAAUAUGAAUCCCUUUGAAUAUUACAUCUUCCAUUUUGCCUACCAUUUAACAAACCCUUGGCUGCAAGUACAACAGCAAGAAAAUGUCUGGAUCAAUUGGGAAACUGUCUAUGUGCAAUUAGCACAUUGCUAUUUGUAUCACUUUUUACCUAGAGAUAAUUCUCCAGUUUUGCCAAUAAUUGGUCCGUACAUUAGAAAAACACCUCAAAGAAAAUUAGUGCAGUCACCUGAAUCUAAAAGAGAUUAUUACAGAUUACAAACACCUAGACUUCUGAGGACAUCCAUAUUAUCACCAGGAUCUCCGAAUUCUACAUCAACUGUACCACAGCAGCAGUGUCUACCACAAGUUUGGAGAAGUGAAACUGUGGUUCAAGUUUUUCUUGAUUUUUGGCUAGAAUAUACAGAAGAUGAUCAGUUGAAUUCGCGACUAGGCACAUCAUAUUCUCCGUCCAUACCGCGACGUCACAGUAUUCAUUCCGGGGAACACAUACGGCUCGUAAGAGCAUUUAUAAAAACCUUGCAUGAAUUUGCAAACAGUACAAUUGGAGAUAAAAGCGCAAUGGACGAGCUCAAACGAAUAAUUUUGCCUUCUGUCCAAGGCAAAAUCUACACAUUCCUUCGGAAAGCUAUACACCAUUGGCCCUUAGACAGUUCAUUUAGAUUAAUCCUAGAAGCAUGGUUAAGUUUCAUUCAACCAUGGAGAUAUUUCCCUGGUAUUACAUAUACUAAAGAAGGUAAAUCAGAAGAAGAGGAAAGAGGAAAGAUUCAUGAUGUAUGCAGAUGGAUGCCCUUUAUUGCUCAUAAUUUAUUAGCUUACACAGCGAUAUUUCAACAGUUGUUACCUCGUUUCAUGAGAACAGAUCUUGUAGCUCCUAAAAAUGCAUUAAUGUUGUUUAGAGUUACAAAGGUUUUCUCGCAACCUUACUUAGAAAGAAUAAUAUGUGAAAUAGAGAAUCAUAUGGAUGAUAUUGGUAUAAGUAGAAGUAGAGUAUCUACCAAUCAAUGGGCAUCAAUUGUACGACAGCAGAUUCUAGAGCUUGAAGGGCCAACAUAUCAAUAUGUUCCAAUGUUCUCUCAAGCUACCAUCUCACAGGUCGUAUGCUUGUUAAGUACAAUCAAACAAGCUCAUUUAACAGCAACAAGCUUGAUCGAGGCACUGGAACAAAAAAGAAAAAAUAGAAGAGUUUUGUUAGCCAUAUGGGAAUUCUUUCAUGGUGAAGACUAUUCUUCGGAUGAUAUCAGUAUAGAAGAACGACGUCGGGUUCCUGUAUAUCUGGCAAAUGCACAACAACAAUUGAUUGAAAUCUUUCAGAUUAACGUAGAAGAGAUUCCUCAGGUAGCAAUUGAAGCUGAUCAAGAAUAUCAUGAAAGCAUUCUAUCAACAUCCUUCUGUCAUCAGUCGCAAAUGGAUUCAAGUUUAGACACUAGCAAGCCAGGUGUUUUCGUAUCCGUGCAAGAAGACAGACAAACCUGUCGGUACGUCGAAUAUCUAGGAGAUCCGGAAUUGCAGCCAGUUAGAAGUAACGAAUGUACUUUUCUCGUUAAAAAUUUGUACAAACUUUCUUCUUACAUAAACAUGAAAUAUCGACGUGAGAUAACUGCGUUGUACCAACGAUGCGGUUUCCUCGGCAGUAUUUGCCGACAGACAUUACAACCACCUACAAAAAUUGUGAAACUUCCAAAACGAACAAAUACAACACCGAAUGAAUUUUCCAGCGGAUAUGAGGAGCGUAUUCCGCCACGAUUGAGUUUGCGACCAUUGGCUAAUUAUAGCCUUCUUGCGACUAUAAUUUUAGGAAUGUUUAUCUCUUGGCUUACAAAUUACGGUAUCUUCGUGUUUCUCGGAUUUACUUUUUGCAUAUGGUUUGUAUAUAUAUUAAUACGCGCAACACUGGAACCUUGGAUAGCAUCGAGUAGAAACACAUUUAGAGCCAGUACAACGGGAAUGUCUAUCAAUUAAAUAUUUAUAAUUGUUUUGUUAUUUAAGAUAUGAUUUUUACCACUGUAUCAUAUUCUAUGUAAUUCAAUCAAUCUAUUUAUAUGCAAAUUGUAAUUUUCAGAAUGUUACACGUAAUUGUUAUAUGAAGUAAUUUAAGAUAAAUACAUUUUUUAAAGUA